ACUCUAAAAUAAAAUUCAAAACAAGCUUCGCCUUUGGCGUCUGUCUGGAUUUCGUAAAUGGGAUAAACGAUAAAAUGGGGACCAAAAUAGAGCAGCAGUACAAGCUUUUAAACGCGGAACUGAUGGAGCAGGUGCAGAAGCAGCGCCUGGAGAUAGGCGAGUACAGGAAGCGAAUGGUGGCGCUGGAGCGCGAGAACAUGGAUCUGCGGGAAGAACACGUCUUGCAGAACGAUCGCCAGCGGAUUCGUAACAUCAGCAUCGUGAGGGACCUCAUGCAGCGCCUAAAUGUGGAGAACGACUGCCUAGCUGAGCGGCAGGAGCCGCCAGAUGUGCCGAUCAGACCAAGUGGCCAGCGUCGCAGCUCCAAGGAGAUCUGCAGAGAUAUGCGACAGACCAUCAGUUUGGCCCGCACCACCAGAACCAUUUCGCCCACGAGAACCAAUUCGAUGGACAGUACAAUUUCGCCUACCAGUCGCCGUUCCUCUGCAACUGUGCAUGCUGAAGUGGAGGCCACCAAGGCACCAGAAAACUGUACCAACAACAAGUAUAAACUUGAGCCUCGAAAGCCAACGGAACUUAUGUUCGACGAAGACGAAUCUGGCGAAGAUUCCAGCUAUGUAGAAAGCCCAGUGCACAAGCAAUGUGACAAGAAUCAGGAGACAGAGACUGACGGCAGCCAGCAGAACGAUCGUCUUUUCAGCAUCAUAGAGGAAUGCGCCAGCGACGAUGACACAUCGGAAGCUUCCUCAUCCAGUGAAGCCAUCUAUUGUGACACUACCAUAGAAGGUACUCCGCCCAAAGGGAACACCCCCGCCACUCCCUGUGGGCGAGCUCUCCGGGAAAUUGACACCAAUGUGCUGGAAGCGGUGACAUUAAGUAAGCGGAAAGAGACGGUAAAAUUCAGGCUAAACAUUCCCGGGAAUGAAGAGGAUUCCGUGCAGGAGCAGAGUCUGCAGCUGGCAAAAUCCAGGAAUACCGUUUCCGAAAAUGAAGAGGACUCGGUGCAGGAGCCGAGUAUACAGCUUGCAAGACUAGCUGUUCCUAGGCCCAGUCACUCGUCCGGGAUCUCUCCAGAUUUUAUAGGAUCCACGCCGCGGCAAAGCCGGUUCAAUGGCAUUUGCCAAGUGGCCGGCAGCACCAGCACACCUAAAUCCUUUCGCAUCGAGGAGCUGCCUUCUAAAAAAACACGAAACAGAACUACGGUACAUACCAAAUCGGAACAAACUGAAAUGUCCAGCACAUUUUUCAGCACCAGCGGACGGCCUAAUCGCAGCUGCCGGCCCACCAGUUUGGUGGAGCCCAGCCUUAGGAACAAAUUGCGAAAUGGAAAUGUCAAAAAAUAGAUAACACUACCCAUUUUACUCUUUUUUUUGUAUUCCAUUAUAUUAUUUAUGAUUAUUAAUCAAUUUUUGAACUCAUCAGACCAUCCUCAUUUUUACGUUAAUAAAACCUUUGAAUUUUAGCCAACUCAAGUAAUGUGUCGGAUCGUACCUUAAGGAACAUAAUCAUUAUCAUCAUCCAAAGAUGCCAAUAAGAUUUUAUAAGAUUGCCUGUAAGAACAAUUUUCAGUGUGAAUAAAACAACUUUUGUGUUGAAUGUUUGGUAAUA